AUGGGGCUCAUACACCCUCAAGUAGUCCUGAAAUCAAGUCGUAUUGUGUGGACUCCUCGCCGAAGCUUGGGCAGAAGGGCCAUGGAAGAGAGCAUAUUGGCACAUGAUGAAAUCGUCGAGAUGGUACUGAGCUGGGAAGGCCGAAGCUUCGUGCAGCAUAAGUGGCUUGUUCGAGUCGAAGUUGGUGCAAAUCAGGUCCACCAACUGCCUGAUGCUGGAGGUGGAUGA